GUCACCUUCUUCCCCAUUUACCUUCCCCAUUCCUUCUCUCCCCUCCCUCAUCAUUGCAUUCAUCACUCUAAUCACUCUCAUCUUCUGACUCGCCUUGUGAUUCCCAUAUAACUAACAUACCGCAAUGGAUAUCGAAGACUUGGGCCACCUUGCUCGCAAACCAAAGGUCACAAACUAUAACCCAUGCACAGUCCGUAAUCUCAAGCCAGGCUCGAUCAAGGAGUGGUGCACAUGCGGACUGACCAAGAAAGGACCAUGGUGCGAUGGCAAGUCCCACAAAGGCACUUCGUUCAAACCUCUUCGAUGGCGAGUGCCCGAUGGCAAAAACACUCAGACCAUGUACAGCAUCUGUGAUUGCAGAUACACCACCCGUCCACCGUUCUGCGAUGGGAUUCAUUACGAUCUUCCACUUCGGUACUUGAAAAAGAUUAGAGAAUGUUCAAAGCAGCCUCACGAUCCUGCUGUUACCAAGCUGUGCGAAGAGUGUGGUUGGGCUGGCCCCAGAGAAAGUUGGCCAGAACUGCCACCUACGGAUUCGGAUGAAGACAGCAGCGACCUCUCUGACGAGGACGCAGAGAAAUUAGAGCAUGAGAGCGAAGAUGCAAAAGUUAAGCGACUUGCUGGCAAUAGGCCCAAGGUGGAGGUUGAACUGCAGGGAUCAGUGAACGGAGGGCCCACCGGCAUGGAUCUCGACCUGAAUGGGCCCAAAAUUGGAUGCAAUGGGUCAUGCCAGACAGAACCUGCCCUUGACGGGUCUGCAGAUCCUGCAGUCAGUGAGGUGAUGGAUAAAAUCCAGAGAGUUCAAUUGUAGAUCAUUACAAGCAACAUUAUAACAUGCAAG